ACGUGUGCACAAAAAAACUGCGCUAAACUCGCAGGCGCGUUUCGAUGACGCUCACGGAAGGGGCUUUUCAAUAGCCUAAUAUUUUGUUGAUGUUGCUGCUAGCGGUAUCUGAUCAAUGUUACCUGGUUAUGUAGAAUCGGUGAACGAAAGCUUUUAAAGUUAUCUGGUUCUUUUCCGGUGAUGGCAGAGGGGAGCGGACAGGAUGUUGUUUCUGAGUACCUUCAGCAAAACCCUCACCUGGCACACUGGGUGGAAUCCUUAAGAGAGCUCUCUGAGACGAAUAAACACUGGCAUGCCAGGCGAGAGUUUGUUCUACGCAACAUGGAGGCCUUUCCUACCAUCCAACCAGGGAUCACAACUCCCAGCCUGGACAGGCUUCUUUCUCUGUCCAAGGUUUGGGCCAACCAAACGUUCUUAGGCUGUCGCUAUCCUCAACCUGUGAUGGACAAGGUGAAAGAGAUGGCGGAGGGGAUUGGCGUGAGCAAAAGUCCCGUGCAAAAGACAAAAGAUGAGAUCGUAGGAAAAGGAAAGAGGCCGUCUGUUUCAGCCAUGGAUGCUGAGAGCUGUGCUAAGAAAAACAAAACUGUUCCUAACGACUCUGACAUUAAAGGCGGAGAACACAAUGUGGACUGUCCGAACACUGCUGCUGUCAAAUCAGGUCCUCUGCCCGAGGCCCCUGCAGAACAUCAGCCCUUCUUUAAUCGUCUUUAUAAAACCGUGGCCUGGAAACUGGUGUCUGCAGGAGGCUUUGGACCCAACCUGGAUCACUUUGAGAUCCUGCGCACCUGUGUGGAGUCAUGCAAGGCCAGCCUUAGUUGUGUAUUUGUGCCUCUCAAAGACAUUCCUGACCUGCCUGCCGGCUGCACCCAAAGAGAGGGCCAGGUGUGUGAACUGCGCUGCCACACUGUCUACAUGGGUACAGGAUACGGCCGUGACGAAUGCGCAGCGAGGGCCAUGGCCUCGAAGGAGGCCCUUAAAGGAUUUCAGGGGCGGAAGGUGACGGUGAAGAUCUCCCGUCGCAGGUUCCGGGGUCGAGAUGUAGAGGAUUUGGUUCUGUUAGAUGAACAGCCGAGAAGUUCGAUUUUGCCUCCUGCUCUUAGCUAUCCUUUUUAAGUCGAAUGAGCAAAUCUCUGUCUCUUUGUGCCCUAAAACAACUUCUAAUUUUGUUUGAUAAUGAUAUUUCAGUUGCUGUUAUAAGGUCACGUUGACGAUGGAAGGUUCAGGGCUGUAGUGAACGCCUUUUAUACACAAACUUUUAUACUGCUGUGAAUUUAACACUGAUCAGAAACAAGCAACAGUUCAUUUUUCACAAGA